GUUGUGGCAGUAUAACGCCAAAAUCUACAUGGGGCAAAAUCGCGACUACUGGUUACGCCAGUCUCGGUAUCCCUUUGUUCCUGGUUUACUUGUCGAAUGCUGGAGGCCUUUUAUCCAGGUGCGCCAGAGGUGUUUUCACGCGUGCUCUUUGUUGCUGCCUUUGUUCAAAUUGUGGCUAUUGUUGCUACGAUGAAAGACGAAUGGAGGAGAAAGAAAGACGAAUGAGGAAAAAAAGGCAGCAGGAGGAACUGGCGCAGCAGCAGCAGCAAUUGCAGUUACAGGAGCCCUUUUACGUUCGCGCGAAUGCGUCGACGUUUACGAGCACAGUGGAAAUUAAGGCUAGCCCGAAGGACGAAGUGUCGAGUCUUGGCUCCGGUGACAGACCCAAUGUUACUAUACUCGCACCAAUCAGCAUUUGUCUAGGUACAAUGCUGUGUUAUAUUGUGGCAGGUGCUUUUACUCUGCACAAGUUAGACGGCUGGUCCUUUGGGGAUGCGAGCUACUUCUGCUUCAUGAGCCUGUGCACGAUCGGGUUCGGCGAAAUGGUUCCCGGUUCCUACCCCCCGCAAAGCCUUUAUGAGUCGAGGAACAUAACCAUUUGGUUCUGCUCCUUCUACAUAAUAUCCGGUAUGGGGCUCACGGCAAUGUGCUUCAACAUUCUCCAUGACGAGUUCGUCCAUAGACUUAGUCAUCGUCCGGAAAAGUCAGAGCCAGUGAAAAGCAGCCCGAGCGUGGACGAACUGUCGACUGAUCCUUUUGCAUUGACCUCAAAUGGCACCGACGAGAACGAUAUAUGUGGAACAGAACCGCCGACCAGCAUGUUCGCCCAUGAGAACGAAAUCAAUAUACUAAAGGACUCUUUCAAUCAGGUAGACGUCACUCGAGACUGCAAACCGAUCUUGAAACUCGAGGAACACGUACCACCGAUUCCUGGUGUCUAUAUGUUGCCGAAAGUCGAGGAGGAAACUGAAGAAAACACUGAAAUGUAA